AUGUCUUUCGGAGGCCAAACGCCGACGAUCAUCGUCCUCAAGGAAGGAACCGAUACCUCCCAGGGCAAGGGACAGAUCGUCUCCAACAUUAAUGCCUGUCUCGCCGUCCAGGCCACCAUCAAGUCCACUUUGGGUCCCUACGGAGGCGACCUGUUGAUGGUUGAUGAGAAUGGCAGGCAGACCAUUACCAACGAUGGCGCGACCGUCAUGAAGCUCCUCGACAUUGUCCACCCCGCCGCUCGAAUUCUCGUCGAUAUCGCCCGAUCGCAAGACGCUGAGGUGGGCGACGGAACCACCUCAGUCGUGGUUCUCGCCGGUGAGAUCCUCAAGGAGGUCAAGGAGCACGUCGAGCAGGGUGUCAGCUCUCAGAUCAUCAUCAAGGGUCUGCGGAGAGCGUCGCAGAUGGCCGUCAACAAGGUCAAGGAGGUUGCUGUCAGCACCAACGAGGGCAACCGCCGCGAUACCCUGGCCAAGCUGGCCUCGACUGCCAUGACCAGCAAGCUGAUCAAGCGGAAUACUCCUUUCUUCACCAAGAUGGUUGUCGACGCCGUCCUGUCCCUCGACCAAGACGACCUUAACGAGAAGCUUAUCGGCAUCAAGAAGAUCCCCGGUGGUUCGCUUACUGACUCCCUCUUCAUCAACGGUGUCGCCUUCAAGAAGACCUUUUCCUACGCCGGUUUCGAGCAACAACCAAAGUCGUUCGAGCAACCCAAGAUCGUCUGCCUCAACGUCGAGCUGGAGCUCAAGGCCGAGAAGGACAACGCCGAGGUCCGUGUAGAGCAGGUUUCCGAAUACCAGGCUAUCGUGGACGCGGAGUGGCAGAUUAUCUACAAGAAGCUUGAGGCUGUUUACCAGACGGGUGCCAAGGUGGUGCUGAGCAAGCUGCCCAUUGGUGACUUGGCCACCCAGUUCUUUGCCGACAGAGAUAUCUUCUGCGCCGGUCGUGUCGCUGCUGAGGAUAUGGAGCGCGUGGUGCAGGCUACCGGCGCUGUGGUUCAGUCGACAUGCUCUGACAUUCUGCCCGAGCAUCUGGGAACCUGCGGCAAGUUUGAGGAGCGCCAGAUCGGCGGUGAGCGCUUCAACUUCUUUGAGGAUUGCCCCGAGGCCAAGACCUGCACUCUGGUCCUCCGUGGUGGCGCGGAGCAGUUCAUCGCUGAGGUUGAGCGAUCUCUGCACGACGCCAUCAUGAUCGUCAAGCGAGCGAUCCGAAACCACCUGAUUGUCGGUGGUGGUGGUGCCGCCGAGAUGGAGGUGUCAGCCUACCUUCACCAGUUCGCCGACAAGAACAUCCCUCACAAGCAACAAGCCAUCAUCAAGUCCUUUGCCAAGGCCCUCGAGAUUAUCCCCCGCCAGCUCUGCGACAACGCUGGCUUCGAUGCUACCGACAUCCUCAACAAGCUCCGCGUGGAGCACCGAAAGGGCAAGACAUGGGCUGGUGUCGACUUCCAGAACGAGGGCGUUGCCGACAUGAUGGAGCGCUUCGUGUGGGAGCCUGCCCUGGUUAAGAUCAACGCCAUCCAGGCGGCCACCGAGGCCAGCUGCCUCAUCCUCGGAGUCGACGAGACCAUCCGCAACGAGGAGAGCGCCAAGCCCCAGGCUCCCGGUCAGCUACCGCCCGGUGCUGCGCAGCGAGCUCUCAGGGGCCGUGGACGGGGAAUGCCUAGAAGGUAA